AUGGCUGUAAUUGUCGAUUUGCUCUGUCCAGAUGUGUUUGACUCUGGUGACAACCGUAGUCACGUCCUCCCCCCAUUGGUGGCCGAUGAGGUGAAGAAGCGUCCCGAGGAGCACAACUCCCUUCGCGGUCGAAUUGUGCGAAUUAUGAUGCUUCCGUCGGCAACAAAGGACGUCGCCGCCGAAUUCCUUUUCAUCAUUUGUAAACGAUCAGUCAACCGAAUGAUCAAAUACGUUGGAUUCGGACACUCGGCAGGACAUCUCGCCAAUCUGGGUCUACUUGGUCAAAUAAACCAACCGAAACACGCAUCGGAUAGUGAAGACUCGGAGACAGAGGACUACAAUAAAGUGAAGGAUUGUGUGAAUCCGGUGACUGGAGCAAUGUAUCCACCGGAUCACGGAUCCGCGUUGGCCGGAAUGAGUGACGAGCAGAAAGAGUAUGAGGCGAUGAAAUUGGUCGACGCAAUGAAUAAAAUGAUGGAGACUGGAAUCGUCAAACCGGGAACGAUUGGAGACGACGGAAAACUGCGUGAAGUGAGCCACGUGCUCGAAUUGCUCAAAGAUGCUCCUGAACCGAAAAAAGAAGAUUCAGACUCUGAUUAG